GGUCUUCAAAAAAAAAAAGAACCUCGUGAUAAAGAAGGAGAUGCAAAAAACUAUAAGUGUUCCUUAGCACCUUUUACAAGAUCAGACUAUGGCACCCCGACUCUUCUGGCACCUCCGAGUCCUCGUCGCUUCCUGCGUUGUUUCUGCCGUCAAUGUCGAUCUUCCGACCGAUGCUCCAGACGGUGCAUUCGUCAUCUCGCCUUCCUUGAUUUCUCUGUCCAUUGAACAGGACCGUUGGACUGAUUGGGUCGGACUGGAUUCUCGAAACGAGUUCCUCUUCAACACUCUCAAUAACCUGGUUCAGAUCACUGGAGAGCCCCCACAAAUUAGGAUUGGAGCGAAUUCUCAAGAUCACACAAACUUCAACAGUGGCGUGGUAUUCACUGAAGACCCCACAAGUCGAAUUUCCUCCUCCGACAAUGACGGUGCCAUACCCAGAAGCUAGUUCUGUCGUCGUUGGGGACGCCUACUACAAAACUGCCCGGUUCUUGCCCCCCAAUACUCACGUCAGCUGGGGAGUUAAUUUUGGACAAAAUAAUAUCACAGCUACGUUCCUUCAAGCUCAGUCUAUCGCAAAAGCGUUUUCGUCCCGUGAAAUCACGAAUGCCGGAAUCAAGCUCGAUUUCAUAGAAAUCGGUAAUGAAGCAGACCUCUUUCGGAGCAACGGAUUCAGGUCCCCGAACUACUCGGUCUCUGAAUACGUCCCUGAAUGGAUUGCCUUCGCGAAGAAUAUAUCGGCCGCUGCGAAAAUCUCCUCCAAAUCACACACAAAGUUCCUUGGUGGCGGAUUUGCGGGUGCCGGUUCUACUGUCAACUUCACUGCACGGGCUAUCAUCGAUCUCGGCAUUCUUUCAUCGGAACCAGGUUCUCAUAUUACUACCAUUUCACAACACCUAUAUAGUGGUUCGUUCUGUAGUGGAAGCGGCGCACUUCUUCAGGAUUUGAUGACCAAGUCAACGAUUCGAGCCAACCUAACCAGGUUCACUCCCGAUAUUGCUGCAGUCACGAGUAGGAAUAUCGAGUAUGUCUUUGGUGAAACGAACAGUUUCUCUUGCCAUGGAUCUCCGAAUGUUUCAAACACCGCAGGUGCUGCGCUGUGGACUUUGGAUUAUGCAUUGUUUGGACGUACGAUCAACAUCAGCAGAAUCUUCUUCCACGAGGGUAUCGGUUUCAAGUACAACCUUAUUCAACCGGCAACUCUUACUCACUCAAUCCUCGAUGGCUCUGACCUGCCUGCUCCUCUACCCCCGCACGUCCAACCACAGUACUACGCAGCCAUCAUUGCCGCAGAGGCGAUUGGUAAGGGCGGAAGGACGCAGAUUGCUGAACUUUCGAUCGACAAUACGAGGAUUACUGGAUAUGCGUUUUACGAGAGCGGUGUUCUAAAGAGAGCGGUGUUUAUUAACUUGCAAGCGUUCUUGAGCGGUACUAGUGGUGCUCGUCCUAGCGUGCAUUUAGAUUUUAGUGUUUCUGGCAAAGCGAGAAUGACAGUGAAGAGGUUAGCUAUUGGCCAUGCGGACGAUGCGUCUGGACUGAAGUGGGGCGGACAGAGCUACGAGACAGGUGAUGGACGUGUCUGUGGGGAUUUUUUGGAAGAGAGCGGAUUGGUCAAGGACGGGUUGGAUAUUAGUGCGACGGAGGCUGUCCUUGUGUCCUUCUCGUGAAAAGCAUCUGGACGUUGGUUUAGCCUUUUUCAAGUAUUUCAUAUUGCUUGAACGGCC